AUGGCAGACAACGCGCCACCAGUCGAAGACCCGAAGACAGAAUUCACUCGAAGCAGGACCACUCUAUCACCACCUCAGUACACCGGUGAUGCCGCUGGUAGAGUCUCUGCUGUCACUGAGCUUCUCGAGCACAUUCUCCUCUUAGCGGUCGCCAGUCAAUGUGACGAAGCGAAAGACAACAUGGAUUGGACUGGACUCAAGAUGCCGGGCUGCGGCAACGUUGCAAAAGGUGGUAUUUGCCUCUUUCGUAUUCAACGCGUCAACAAGACUUUUCGUAACGCUGUGCAAGGCUCCACAAAGCUCAAGCAGCUGAUCUACCUUGCUCCGCGCCACGACACUUCUGGUAUUUUGGAAGAAGACCAUCUGGAGGGCACUUGGCCUGCGGCCUACAAACCUCUUGAGUUCAUGGUCUCGCUACUUGGGGCUCAUGUGGAAGAUGGCUUUCUUGACCUCUUCGGUCUCCAACAAUGGGUGCCGGGAGCUGAGACCCUCGUCACCAAGACGAAUCCCAGCCUCGUCGAUGGACUCGCAACACCGUAUGAGCAGACUAUUGGUAAACUGCCGCAAGGUUGGCACAAUCCAGAAGCUAGCUGGAGAAACAUCAAGAUUUGCACUGCUAAGGAGCCCUCUGCAAUUCGCUACGCCUUCUGGACUGAUUUCGAUGAAAACGCCGACGCGCCGCCGUUCGACCCGAUCUGGCAGCUGGGCAAAGAUGCGACACUGGGGUACGUCUUCGAACUCUACAGCAUCGUUCUGGAAGUGCUUGGUGAUUACAUUCCAAAGAAGAUACUCAUGCAGCGCAAGCAUUACGCUGUAUACAACAAGUUGCUCGAGUGCCUGGCCAGUGGGGAUGAGGGGCUCGAUCAGAAAAUUCGGCAUCUAGCAUAUCUGGUGGACAUCCAGUUCACCGACGAUGUCACGGCGAUGGGACAUGAGAUGGAAAAAGUGAUCGCUCGUCGCACGGGAGAGAUUGAGAUCCAAGAAGAGUCGGGAAAGCUGCCAGAGAGUUGA